GCAGCGUGCUGGGGCUGAGGCGCGCAGCUCCCUUCGCCGUCGAGCGAGGGGUCCCGCUCUCUUGGCUUCGCCUGGUCGCGCCCGACCUGCCCGCCUCCGGAGUCGCUUCUGCCCACGGAUGGGCUGGGAGAGUUGGGAGGAGCGAGGCGGAGCCCGCGCUGGACGCGCCUUGCUGCUGCUGGACACGGCGCCCGCAGUUCGGGCGCAAAGCGUUGGCCGCAGGAGCGCGGAUGCCCCCCGGAGCCGGGGGCUGGCAGGUCUGACUGCCAUGUGAUUGCUCAGAGGCAGAAGGAUGGCAUGUCCACGUGUGGAACUUUCUCAGAUGCUCUUCGAGCUGCAGCCCAGAUGAUUCUGUGGCUUUGUAACUGGUCACUGAGGGCUUCUACGUCUGAGCACCGGGGACCCAACCCACACCCCUGCCCUUGCUGACCCCUCACCCUGGACAGCAGUGGAGUGACCACUAGGACUGCCAGUCUUAGAAGCGAGAUCCAUCUGAAGCUAGAAAGGGCUUUCCCAUCCCUCACUGUCAUUUUGUGGCUCUGGACACUGAGGCCCAGAGAGGAGAGAGGCUCAUUCCUUCCACCUUCCGCCUUCCACCAGGAAAAAAUAAAAAAGGAGAGAGAAACUGGAUCGGGUCUGGAGAGCCAUGAUGAGGCUCUUAUAAACUCAAGGUCUUGGGUCCUGAGGCUGCUGGGAGACUAUGGGUACAACGGCCAGCACAGCCCAGCAGACGGUCUCGGCGAGUGCCCCCUUUGAGGGCCUCCAAGAUGGUGGCACGAUGGACAGUCGACACUCGCUCAGCAUAAACUCCUUCCAGACCACGAGCUUGCACAACAGUAAGGCCAAGUCUAUCAUCCCCAACAAGGUGGCCCCCGUCGUGAUCACGUACAACUGCAGGGAGGAGUUCCAGAUUCACGAUGAGCUUCUCAAGGCCCAUUACACGCUGGGCCGGCUCUCCGAUGCCACCCCUGAGCACUACCUGGUGCAGGGCCGCUACUUCUUGGUGCAGGAUGUUGCUGAGAAGAUGGAUGUGCUGGGCACUCUGCAGAGCUUUGGGGCCCCCAACUUCCGGCAGGCGCAGAGCAGGCACACUGUAUUUGGCAUGGGACAGCCCAGCCUCUCAGGAUUCAGGCAGGUCCUCCAGAAACUCCAGAAGGAUGGACACAGGGAGUGCAUCAUCUUCUGUGUGCGGGAGGAACCCGUGCUGUUUCUGCGUGCUGGCGAGGACUUCGUGCCCUACACACCUCGAGACAAGGAGCAUCUGCAUGAGAACCUCCAGGGCCUCGGACCCGGGGUCCAGGCAGAACACCUGGAGCAGGCCAUCCGGAAGGAGAUUCACGACUUUGCCCAGAUGAGCAAGAAUACGUACUAUGUGUACCACAACACCGAGGACUUGCGGGGGGAGCCCCAUGCCGUGGCCAUCCAGGCCGAGGACGACGUACACGUGACUGAGGAGGUGUUCAAGCGGCCCCUCUUCCUGCAGCCCACCUACAGGUACCACCGCCUUCCCCUGCCGGAGCAAGGAGCCCCUCUGGAAGCCCAGUUUGAUGCCUUUGUCAGUGUCCUCCGGGAGACCCCCAGCCUACUGCUGCUCCGAGACACCCACGGACCUCCCCCUGCUCUGCUCUUCAGCUGCCAGACAGGUGUGGGCAGGACCACCCUGGGCAUGGUCCUGGGUACCCUCAUCCUAUUUCACCACAGUGGAACUGCCUUGAGGCCGGAAGUUGUCCCCAUGAAGACCCUUAAGCCACUGCCCAUGGAGCAACUCCAGGUGGUACAGAGCUUUCUCCACACUGUGCCCCAGGGGAGGAAGAUAGUAGAGGAGGUGGACAGAGCCAUCACCGCCUGUGCAGAGUUGCAUGACCUGAAGGAAGCAGUCUUGGAAAACCAGAGGAAGCUGGAAGGCAGCUGGCCAGAGAGCCCAGCCCAGAGAAACGGCAGCCAGCACGGUGGCCGGCAGAGAGCGCUGCAGAGCCUGGAGCGGUACUUCUACCUGAUCCUGUUUAACUACUAUCUCCAUGAGCAGUACCCGCUGGCCUUUGCCCUCAGUUUCAGCCGCUGGCUAUGUGCCCAUCCUGAACUGUACCGCCUACCUGUGACGCUCAGCUCAGCGGGGCCUGUAGCCCCCGGGGACAUCAUUGCCAUGGGCUCCCUGGGGGCGGAUGACCUCGUCUCUCCAGACGCACUCAGCACCAUCAGAGAGAUGGACGUGGCCAACUUUCGGCGGGUGCCCCGUCUGCCCAUCUACGGCACGGCCCAGCCCAGCGCCAAGGCCCUGGGGAGUAUCCUGGCCUACCUGACCGACACCAAGAGGAAACUGCGGCAGGUGGUGUGGGUCAGCCUGAGAGAGGAGGCUGUGCUGGAGUGUGAUGGGCGCACCCACAGUCUGCGGCAGCCUGGGCCCCCUGUGGCCCCUAGCCAGCUGGAGAACCUGGAGACCCAGCUGAAGGCCCAUCUGAAGGCCCCAGUUGCUGAGAACUCGCAGACCCACAGGUUCCAGACGUGCCUCACCAUGCAGGAGGUCUUCAGCCAGCACCGUGGGGCCUGCCCUGGCCUCACCUACCACCGCAUCCCCAUGCCAGACUUCUGCGCCCCCCGCGAGGAGGAUUUUGACCGGCUCCUGGAGGCCAUGCAGGCUGCCCUCGCCAAGGACCCGGGUACUGGCUUUGUGUUCAGCUGCCUCAGUGGCCAGGGCCGGACCACGACUGCCAUGGUGGUGGCUGUGCUUGCCUUCUGGCACAUCCAGGGCUUCCCUGAUGUGGGCGAGGAGGAGCUCGUGAGUGUGCCUGAUGCCAAGUUCACCAAGGGCGAGUUUGAGGUGGUGAUGAAGGUGGUGCAGCUGCUGCCUGAUGGGCACAGUGUGAAGAAGGAGGUGGACGCGGCACUGGACACGGUCAGUGAGACUAUGACGCCCAUGCACUACCACCUGCGGGAGAUCAUCAUCUGCACCUACCGCCAGGCUAAAGCAGCCAGAUCGGAGCAGGAGGCCCGGAGGCUGCAGCUGCGGAGCCUGCAGUACCUGGAGCGCUACAUCUACCUGGUGCUGUUCAACGCUUACCUCCACCUGGAGAAGGCUGGCUCCUGGCAGAGGCCGUUCAGCACCUGGAUGCGGGAGGUGUCAGCAAAGGCCGGCGUCUACGAGAUCCUCAACCAGCUGGGCUUCCCCGAGCUCGAGAGCGUGGAGGACCAGCCCUUCUCCCGGCUGCGCUGCCGGUGGCAGGAGCAGAGCCACAGCCCCGAGCCCUCCGCCGCAGGGGACUUCCUAUAGGAUGCGCCGCCUCCCAGGGGGCUGGGGGUGCCCCGUGCUCUUCACUGGGAGUGGCCCUGAGAAACGAUUCCUCAGCUUCCCAGAGCGACUAGGGUGGGGUGGGGACCCUUUUUUUGAAAGAGUUUUUCUAGGACAGUUAGCACCCAGUGAUAUCUUGUAAAUGCAGGUGGGUGGAUGGCCCGCAGGAAGGCCCGGUGUGGCAUCAACCUGGCAAGGAGCUCACUCCCCGACAAGGAGCUCACUCUCUGAGUUGCCAAACAAAGCUCCACACCACUCCUGCCCUCUCCUCUCCCCCUGAGCGGUCCUGACAGCCCCCGGCGCGGAGCAGCCCUGGCCAGUGCUGGUACCUUUCUCUCCUGCUGCUGCUCUCCCACUUGACUUCUCCCUUUUUGCUGCCUGAGCACUGCCCUCAGGGCCCCUGGCUCCCUGGGGGAGUGGACUGCGCUUGGGGUGGAUCUGUUACCUUAGAGGCAGCUCUACCCAGUUCUCUUGCUUCUCAUGCCCCGUCUCCAGCCUGGAGACUUUGAGAAAAACAACGACGUGCCCAGUGGGUCCGGCAGAAGCCUCUACUUCUCCUUCCUUUGCCCUCUUCUCCUGGGCUGGCAGGACUGUGGAGGUUUCCAAGGAGCUGAGAACAAAAGGGAGUUCUUCUCAGGGGAAGGAGCUUCCAGAAGCUGCAUGCAGCCCUGUGGAAGAGGCUAGCUUGAUUUCCCUAGGAGUGUGGGUGAGGGGUCUGGGGCAGCACUUCCUGCCCCACCACCCACCGUGGCUGGUGCCCUCACCUGCUGUGACAGGGGCCCCAGGGACUACUGGGGACCCUGAGUGAGCAGUGGGGUGUGAGAGAGUGGGCCAAGGAUGGUGUGAGCAGGCACUUGGAUUCCAGGCCAUCUUUGCUGAGCAUCCUUGAGCUGCCUCCCAGUGGGAGCAGAAGGGGCCAAGCACUGCUGAGUUAGCAGCUGCGGGGACCAGCUUUGUGCAAACAAUGGGAAGGAUGCUCGGAGAGGCAGGAGAGGCAGGUGUUACUGAGCUGAGUCUGUGGCUGUCUGGGGACUGGUGUCUGCCAAAACACAGGAUGAACAGUGUGUACGCUGUCCACCUGGCUUGGCUCAUUGGGGCCAGGGAUAUCUCUCUUGGUUUGACGCCUGCACUUGUGCAGAAAAACAAGUGAUGUAUCAUUGGUCGUGAUAUUUGAAAAGGGGAGAAGCGGCCAGAGUUGUUGACAUCUACAUAGUAUUGGAAAAUAUUUGACCAUCUUGGCUGAAUUAUUUUGCAAAUCUACUGUAUGUCUGUUCACUACCUUUUCAGAUUUGUUGUUGUUUUUGGUUUUAUUUCUGCAUGUAGUAAAAAGUUUUAAUUUCUUUGCAGACAAGGUCUAGAUGAGGGGUCAGAGAUCAGGGCUGAACUGGGAGGGAUCUUUCCUGUUCUCACGGUUGGUCUGACUUAACUGUGCUGGGACUACUGGCCGGUCACUUCACCUCUCUGCCUCAGUUUCCCCAUCUGCAAAAUGGGAGAAUAAUACUUGCCUACCUACCUCACAGGGGUGUUGUGAGGAUUCAUUCGUGAUUUUUUUUUUUUGUACAUAGCGUUUGAGCAUUAAAAACAGCUGAAAGUGAA